UGUAUUGGCGUAUGGUGGGUUAGGGUUAGACGGGUAGCGAAAACAUAUAUCUAAAUUUACACACUUCACUGUUCAUUAAUUUACACAAAAUGGACAAUUCCGGCAAGGAGAAAGAGGCAGUACAGCUAAUGGCUGACGCUGACAAGAAAGUGAAAUCUUCUGGCUCUUUUUUAGGAGGAAUGUUUGGUGGGAGUCACAAGUUAGAGGAGGCUUGUGAGAUGUAUGCCAGAGCAGCCAACAUGUUCAAAAUGGCAAAAAACUGGACCGCUGCAGGAAAUGCAUUCUGCCAGGCAGCUAGACUACACAUGCAGCUCCAGAACAAACACGAUUCAGCCACCAGCUUUGUUGAUGCCGGAAACGCUUUCAAGAAGGCUGAUCCACAGGAGGCUAUCAACUGCUUAAAUGCAGCCAUCGAUAUUUACACAGAUAUGGGCCGAUUCACUAUCGCAGCCAAACACCAUAUCACAAUUGCUGAGGUGUACGAGUCAGAGCUUGUCGACAUUGAGAAGGCAAUUGCGCAUUAUGAACAAGCUGCAGACUAUUACAAAGGCGAAGAGUCGAACAGCUCUGCAAACAAAUGUCUCUUGAAGGUUGCAUCAUACAGUGCACAGCUGGAACAGUAUCAAAAGGCCAUUGAGAUUUAUGAACAGGUUGGAACAAACACCAUGGACAACCCCUUACUGAAAUACAGCGCCAAAGAGUAUUUCUUCAAAGCCUCUUUAUGUCACUUCAUUGUAGAUGAACUGAAUGCAAAGCUUGCUGUUGAGAAGUAUGAGGAAAUGUUUCCAGCGUUCUCAGAUUCAAGAGAGUGCAAACUUCUGAAGAAACUUUUGGAAGCCCACGAGGAGCAGAAUGCAGAGGCUUUCACAGAAGCAGUAAAGGAGUUUGACUCUAUCUCACGUCUGGACCAGUGGCUGACCACCAUGCUUCUGCGCAUCAAGAAAACCAUCCAGGGUGAUGAAGGAGACUUAAAGUGAGAUGACAAUUUAUGGGGAAACCAUCUAAGGCAUGUCACCCUUCCCCCCUCCCUCCCUAAUGCGUUUCAUAUCAUUCUUGUGCAAUGGCCAAGACCAGGUUUCUGACUACAGUAUGUCCAAUUUAUUGCUGCACCAUUUAUAGAGAAUGUACAAACCUAUGUACCAAGUUAUAAAUCUUAUUUUUAAUAUAUUCACUUGUUUGGAUGGCUGCAUCCAAGUAAUCUUGUUUUCAUAAUAUAAUGGUUAUGUAGUUCAGUACAGGAAAUGCUACUAUGGAUAAAAGAGAAAAUAUAAGAACUUGAUCUCUGAUGGAGUUUUGAUGGCGAGUGCUGCAUGACAUGUAGAUGUCAGUCUCUUAAAUAUAACCUAUUGUUAAGGUAAUUAUUUUCUUCUCUUAAAAGGUAAUUAAAAAAUAAAUAUAUAAUACCUGUCUUUAGUGUCUUUUAGACCCUACUGUGCCGAGUCCAGGGAUCUAAGACUUGAUGAUUUGAUUAAUAACCCACACAGAUGUAAAAAUUAUUAGAGCAGUCAUUUCACCAUCCUCUGUACAUUAAAUAUUUUCAUUUGUGUUUAUUUAAAUUCUUUUUUUUUAGCAUAUUCAGACUAUAUGUUUGAUAUCUCAGUAGCCUGUCCAUGCCUCUCUGUGUCGUGUUGUGAAAUCAUAGUUCAUGCAGCACUUUGGCUAGUGCACUCUCCAUACUGAUGGUAUUUAGCAGCGCAUGUCACUGUGUAAUAGUGUUGUUGAUGUUCAGUAUCUCUUUGUGUGUACAAUUUUCAAAAAAAAAAAAGCCAUCAGAAGAAGCGACCUACACGUUUAUCUCGGUUCUUUCCGACAUGUCUUGACUUGCUGACUAGGUCUUUGAAUGUACAGAAAUAAAAGAUCAAUAUAAUACACAUAUAA